GUUAAGGGAUUAAACAUAAGGGACUUUAAAGUCAUAUUUGCAACCAAUAUACCUAAGGGGGCUGUGCUUUGGUGUAACACCAUAUCUGAUAACAAACUCGUGCCGGAUUCAGCGCACGCGCAGUGCAUAGCUUUGAGGCCUUAUAUAAAGAGUGAACACAUUUCCACUUCCUUUCCAUUCAAAGCGUGUAAAGCAAUGUCUCACCGCAAGUUCUCUGCCCCAAGACAUGGCUCGAUGGCCUUCACUCCGAAGAAGCGGAGUCGUCGACAUCGAGGAAAAGUGAAGGCUUUCCCCAAAGACGACCCCAAGAAACCGAUCCAUUUGACCGCUUUCAUCGCCUAUAAGGCGGGUAUGACACACAUCGUGCGCGAAGUGGACAAACCCGGCUCAAAGGUGAAUAAGAAGGAAGUGGUGGAAGCGGUGACUAUUCUGGAGACACCGCCGAUGGUUAUCGUCGGAGUCGUCGGCUAUAUCGAGACCCCGAAGGGUUUGCGUGCCUUUAAGACCGUAUGGGCUGAACAUCUGAGCGAAGAAUGCAAACGAAGAUAUUAUAAGAAUUGGUAUAAAUCAAAGAAGAAGGCGUUCACCAAAACGGCUAAGAAGUGGGCGGACCCGUCGGGCAAACGCGACAUCGAGAAGGACUUGAUCCGCAUGAAGAAGUACUGCACUGUCAUCCGUGUCAUAGCGCACACGCAGAUGAAACUCAUGCGUAAGCGCCAGAAGAAGGCGCACAUAAUGGAGAUCCAAGUGAACGGCGGAACGAUAGCCGAGAAGAUAGAGUGGGCGCGAAAGCACUUCGAGAAACAGGUGGCCGUCGACGAGGUUUUCACUGUGGACGAGAUGAUGGACGUGAUCGGUAAGUUGCCGCGAAAGACCCAUAAGGGUCUGCGCAAAGUCGCGUGUAUAGGCGCGUGGCAUCCGAGUCGCGUGCAGUUCACGGUCGCGCGCGCCGGUCAGAAGGGUUACCACCACCGCACGGAAAUCAAUAAAAAGAUUUACCGCAUCGGAAAGGGUGGCAAAGACGCCAAAAGCAAUGCGUCCACCGAUCAGGACAUCACUGAGAAGACGAUCACUCCUAUGGGCGGUUUCCCCCACUACGGAGAAGUGAAUUGCGAUUAUCUGAUGCUUAAGGGCUGUACCGUUGGACCCAAGAAGCGUGUGUUAACGCUGAGAAAAUCACUGUUGGUUCAGACGAAGAGAGUGGCGACCGAGAAGAUUAACCUGAAGUUCAUCGACACGUCCUCGAAGAUGGGUCAUGGCAAGUUCCAGACGCCUCAAGAGAAAAAGGCUUUCAUGGUAGGCAUUCCUCUUGAGUUGUAUUGUCAAGGUCCGAUGAAAAAGGAUCGCAUCAAAGAGGAGAAGACCGCCGCUUAAGUUAUCCAUUCUUUGUAUUCAUUGAGUGUUUAAUAAAGCCAUGAAUUUAAUAAAGAGUUUUUUUGUAAUUUA